UAUGGCUCUUCUGCAACAGAAGUUACUCGCUUCAUUGCUUGUAAUCUUCGGCAUUAGUGCUGCUGUUUCUGCCGGCAAUGGGCAUGAUGCAGCUCCAAACGUCACAAGAUUGACGGACCUGUUUGGUCAUCUCACUUUCAAUCAUGGCUUUACUGAAUUUUUUGGAGGCUCAAAUAUACAGCCCAUCAAUAAUGGCUCCUAUGCCAAUCUUAUUCUCAAUAAAUCCUCCGGAAGUGGAUUGGUGUCACAGAGCAAGUAUUACUAUGGAUUCUUCAGUGCUGCAAUAAAGCUGCCCUCUGGUUACACCUCUGGAGUUGUGGUAGCCUUUUAUAUGUCUAAUGCAGAUCUUUUCCCUCACAACCAUGAUGAGAUCGACAUUGAAUUGCUCGGUCAUGAGAAGAGAAAAGACUGGGUGCUGCAGACAAAUAUGUAUGGCAAUGGCAGUGUGAGCACUGGAAGAGAAGAGAAAUUUCGACUAUGGUUCGACCCAACUGAGCAGUACCAUCAUUACAGCUUCAUCUGGAAUAGACAUCAUAUAGUGUUUCUGGUAGACAAUAUACCAGUAAGAGAGAUUCUUUACAAUGAUGCCAUUUCCUCUGUUUACCCAUCAAAGCCCAUGUCGGUUUAUGCAACAAUAUGGGAUGGAUCAGAGUGGGCAACUCAUGGAGGAAAAUACCCGGUUGACUAUAAGUAUGCCCCAUUUGUGGCUUCAUUUGGAGAAAUGGAAAUGGAUGGCUGCACAUUCGAUCCAAAAAAGAAAGGUGUUUCAUGUUCUAAAGGCAGUGUUUCAAGCAGGGACCCGGUUGAUGGAGAAGAGUUUGCUAAGCUAUCAGAGCAACAGAGAAUGGGGAUGGAGUGGGCAAGAAAGAAGCUCAUGUUCUACUCAUACUGCAAAGAUUCUUCAAGAUUUAAAGUCCUCCCACCUGAGUGCAAAGCAAAAUGAUUAAUUAUAAGUGUUUCUUUUUAUUAUCUACUAUUUUUUAUUUUUUCCACACAGGAUUAAACCAAACACAUCACAAAAAACCUACUCAAAGAGGUAAUGCAUCCAAGGGUUUGUUUAUAUAAAGAUUUUAUAUAAAGAGAAGACUAUUUGUUGGACUGUCUGGAUCAAGUAUCUGAAUCAAGUGAGCCGCAUCUCAGAUGAGAAAGCAUAUCUACAGAGGGUCUCUUUUUUGGAUAUAAAUUAAGAAAAUUAUGGGUAUUUCACAUGGUAGCUGGCAAAAUGCAAUGACAGAAGAAGCAUAUUGAGACAAGCCUCACAUGACCUGCAUAGCAGUCCUUCAAGUGGUUAACAAAAUUAUGGGCAUUUGCCUCCCAAUUCACCCCCUAAUUAAAAGACAGCUAUAGUCGGUGACAGAAACUGCUCAAGUUGACUUCAGACAGACCUACCCAGUUGGUUGGUAAUACAAAUAAAUGGAAAUUGAUGCUUCUGUCUAUUGGAUUCUCCAAAUUGCUUCUCUGGUAACAUAAUUUAAUGCUUUGUUCAAUAAUUUUCUAGUUAAUUCCCAGACCUUGUUUAUUACUGCCCUGUAAAUGUUGAAUAAUUAAGAACAUUUAUGCGUAGUAUCUUUGUCAAAGGUU